AGGAGGGUCAGCCGUUUGGAUAGAGGGUAAACAAUAAUGGACAGUAAAGGGACUACGGCCACCUUGGAGAGGAGAUCAGGCUCCGUUUGCAACAGACAUCUGACUGAUUUACCUGAGGAGGUGUUGGAGUAUAUUCUGUGUUUGCCUGUGCUUGAACACACGGACGUGGCCAGUGUGGCUCAGACAUGCCGGAGGCUAUAUUCACUGUGUCAAAACCAGGUGUGGAAGCACAAGUUCAUUGACAGGUGGCCAUUAUUACUUAAACACUACCGGUGUAAAGAAUCUUGCAACUGGCAGGAAGAAUUUCGGGCACGAUAUGUCACGGGUUUGCAAGUUCGGAGAUUUGUGGCCUCGUGUUCUAAACAAUUCUUCACAGAAGAUGUCCCGUGUUUUGGGCUGGAUGAUGUAGAUGUUCUUGGCUGUCCAGUGCAUUUCAUGGAGGAUGAACUUCUUUCCAUCCUGAAUACUGAAUCAGGACAGUAUCUAACAUGGAAGUACUAUGCAAAGAAAAUUCUUUACUUUCUUCGUCAGCAGACUAUCAUGAAAAAUUUUAAAGAAUUUUUGCAACAGUCUCAGAAUCAACAGUCUGUACUAGAAGGUGCUGUUUUUGUGGAUCAGUACUGCAACCCUCUUGAGGACAUUUCCAUUGAGAGUAUCCAGUCGCAUAUUGAUGGAGUCCUAGAAAAAAUCAAAAAAGUCCUGUGGGUGAAGAACAGUUCGCAUCCUAGCCUCUCAGUGGAAAAAGAUGGAGCUCACUUAAUUAUGAGUCUAGAACUGCAGCAGCAGGUGUUGGACUGCAUUAACUGUGUCUUAUAUGAAGAUCUGAAGUUCCGAGGGAAUGAGACUGAUUACUAUAACCCACUCAAUUCUUUCAUCCACCAAGUUCUUCGACGCAGAACAGGGAUCCCCAUCAGUAUGAGCAUACUGUACUUGGAAAUUGCCAGGAAAUUAGGAGUUAACUUGGAGCCUGUCAGUUUUCCCAGUCAUUUCCUUUUGAGAUGGUGCCAAGGCCAUGCAGGGAGCUCUAGUAUCUAUGAUUACAUAUACAUAGAUGCAUUUGGGAGAGGAGAUCGUUUAACAGCCAAAGAGUGUGAACUGCUAAUUGGUCAGCAAGUUACAGAAGAGUUCUACGGUACAGUCUGCACUCAGGAUGUGUUACAGCGCAUGGUAGGCUUUCUUGUGAACCUGGGAAAGAGUAGGGAGAGCUGCCAUCAAUCGUACCAACCCUUAAGAGAUUCUCUUGACCUGUACCUCGUCAUGAACUCCGACAACAUCAAUCAUCUAAUGCUCCAAGCCAGACUUUAUUUUCAUCUGGGAAUGCGUCCGGAGAAGGUUUUGGACAUAUUGCAGCACAUCCAGGCUAUAGACCCCUCCCAGCAUGGGAUUGUGGGAUACCUCAUGCAGCGGACUUUAGAGCGCAUCGAGCAUAUAAAGCAUGAGGUGGGACCAAGAGUCAAACUGCGGUCUGAUGAAAAGAACGAGGACAUCCGCUUUGCUGUCGGCAUGAUAAUGAGACACAAGAGUUAUGCCUACAACUGUGUGAUUUUUGGAUGGGAUCCAACAUGUAAGAUGAGUCUGGAGUGGAUCCGUAAUAUGGGUGUACACAAUUUGCCACACGGACCCCAUCAACCUUUUUAUAAUGUUCUUGUAGAAGAUGGAUCCUCCAGAUAUGCAGCACAAGAGAACUUGGAAUACAGUCCUGCACCUUUACAAAUUACACACCCAGAAGUUGGUCGUUAUUUUGCCGAGUUUGUUGGUACUCAUUAUGUGGCAAAUAAUGAACUGCAGACCCAAUAUCCAGAGGAUUUGGAGUUGCUUCUAGAAACAGUCCAGGAUGUCUACAGUACAUUGUUUAGGCCAGUGGAUGAGAAGGAAGAGGAGUAGACAAACUGGCCAUGACUAUUUUGGUGCUGUCGUGUCAUCAUGAAGGAAAUAAAUAAGCACUUUAUUUAACUGGAAAAGGACCCGUUAUCCCACCUGCGCAUGUGAUGUAGUAUGGUAAAGAAAUGAUCGUGCAAACCGAACACUUCUGAAAGUGUUAAUAACUAUUACAUUUCAGCAUACUGCCCUGCUAAAUGUGAGCAGGAAAGCCAUAAUGGAAAGAAUACGAGCAAGGUGGAAACUAAAACGGAUCCAGGCUAAACCUGCCUUAGGCAGGCGUUCAGUCUAUUUUAGAGUCUGUGCACUUAUAAGUGCAGGAAGAGAAAGCAUGGUAGUAACCAUUAUGUUCUAAAGUGUUAAAGGUUAAAAAUACAGAAAACUUUGGCAAGGUCAUUUGGACUUUUUAUGGCCUCAAGUUUGAAUGUGGUGCCAAAAUGAACAGAUUUCUUAAAAUAACACUAUUUAUUAAAGAGAAGCUGUUGGAUAUGGAAACUGUAUAUUGUUUUAUGUAAAUUUUGAAUUCCUAUAAAGACUGUAGAUGUCUGAUGUAAAUACCACAAUAUUACAAAAGUAGUAUAAUUUUAUUUCUGGAGGUGCUACAUAUUUGCACAGAACUCUGAAGACAUUAAUGGAUAUGCAGUCCAUUGUUGGUCGUGCAGCCUUGUACAAAACUGGUGCUGUAUCCCUGCAGAGCUGGUAACUUUUACAUAGGAGAGACCCACAACUCAGCAAGCAAUAUUUAAUCUACUAGACCAGAACAUAGAUGUUUUUUUCUCUUGUUCUGCCUGUAAUUAUGCUAAUUGCUGAGUAAUUUGCACAGUUUUCAUCUUAUAAAUUGUAAUAUUGUAUAUAAAGUGUUUGUCUUUAUUAGUAUUUUUCAUUGCAUCUUAAAAAAUCAUUUGAGUAAUACUUCAUCCCUUUUAGAGAUGUCAGCAAGUUAAAUGAGGUUAAUGAUAUUUAAGAUCUUACUUUGGAAGUAAGUUAAAAUGUGGAAAUUAUUUUCAUUGAUGGGUUGACAGUUUCACACUAAAUCUGUACUCAGGAGAUCAUGCCCUAUUUGACUUUGUCAGCAUCCCCACAAAUGAGAAACUUUGAACACCCAGCUAUGAAUCACUAUCCAGAAAGCUACACUCGGACAAUGUAGAUUAGCACUUUCAUUCACUUUUUAAUACUGUGAACUUCAUCAGAAACAUCACAUAUAACCCUACCCCUUCCUUUUAUAAUGAAUUACCUUAACAGGAAAUGACAUAAGAUACCAAUUAAUGCC